GUACUUCCAUUUUCCUUCUAUCACAUUAGCCAAUAUUAAAGACGGUUAAGUUGCGCUUCGGUGAUCUUAAAAGGGGGUAGGUACAUGGAGUUCCCAACCGAGGGAAGAUAGGAAUGUUAUACCGAUAAUACUUGGUUGGGAAGGGAGGGAAUAAGUCAUGGUCCUAUUUUCUUGCUGUGUUAAAUAGUAUAGGUCAACUGCUGGAUUCAUGUAACAUUCAUGGUGUCUUUCUAUCCAGCAUUGUCAUAAAGAAUACGAGAGAAAGAGAGAGAGAUGAGACUGCGGAAGUUUAAGCACGGUUGAUGCAACCAUAGCGUACCGACGUUAUAAAUCAGGUUCUUCCUUCACAAGGGCAUUCGAAGGAUUUGUGACUCAUACGAGGAAUACGCCAUAACUAAGAGUAUAGACAAGCCAAUAGAAAUGUAACCGAGAAAUCUCCACCUUCCUCGACGUAUGUUCCCCUCGUAUAAGGUUACAUGAGAGAGACAUUCUAACGUCCCAUCCACCAAGAAGGUUGGUUAAUAAGUAGCUACAAUCCAAUCCUCCUGUUCGAGUUAAAAAGGCAAUAAUGAACGUCUCCGCAGGGGUGUUGCGAAGUCUUCCUUCGCCUUUUUCUCUCCUUCCUGACAGUCCACAGUCAAAUAAAUGUCCAGAAUGGAAAUAAAUCCCGACGAUCCCCUAUCGGUUGUAGUGGUUGGAAUGGGGCAGAUGGGUCACAGCCAUGCGCUGGCCUACCACCGGAACCCAGGGUUUCGGAUUGUCGGCCUCUACAACCGAAGUCCAGUCAAGAACUUACCCGAUGAACUCGCACAAUAUCCGUUUCUGCCAAGUUUCGAGGAGGCUCUCACGCUCAAACCCAAAGUUGUGUCGAUCAACACGCAUACUGCCACUCAUGCGGACUAUGCCGUGGCAGCGAUGGAAUCCGGAGCACACGUCUUCGUGGAAAAGCCUCUGGCAACCACAGUCGAAGAGGCAGAGCGUGUGGUAGCGACUGCUCGACGAACAAACCGUAAAUUGGUCAUCGGUUACAUCCUACGGCAUCAUCCUAGCUGGAUCAAGUUCAUCCACCAUGCUCGGCAGCUCGGUCCGCCAUUCGUCAUGCGGAUGAACCUGAAUCAGCGAUCCAGCGGUGAUGCGUGGGCCAUUCAUAAACGUCUCCUCCAGGAUGUCAAGAAUCCGGUUGUUGACUGCGGCGUGCAUUAUGUCGAUGUUAUGUUGCAGAUUGCCGAUAGCAAGCCGAUUCAAGUGCGUGGCAUGGGCCUCCGUCUCAGCGAUGAUCUUCCGGCGGAUGGACAGGUAAAUUAUGGGCAUCUCCAGGUCCUCUUUGCCAAUGGGUCAAUCGGAUGGUAUGAAGCUGGAUGGGGUCCGAUGAUGUCGGAGGAGGCGUACUUCGUCAAGGAUGUGAUGGGUCCUCGUGGCUCGGUAUCGAUUGUGAUGGACGAGAAAGCACCAAGCAACGGCAAUCCUGGCGACUCUGCUAAUAUCAAUAACCAUACCAAAACAUCGAAUCUACGUGUGAGCACGGUGGUUGACGGUCACUCUCAGGACGUAGUCCUAUCAAUGGAAGGGGAGCCAGAUCAUUAUGGAUUGUGCGCACGGGAGCAGCAGUUUUUGUUGGAUGUCAUUCGCGAGGAUCGAGACCUCGAACAACAUAUGGACGCUGCCGUUCUAUCGCUGUCUAUUGUACUUGCAGCAGACCGCUCAAUGCGCGAGCAUCGUGCAAUUGACAUUGGGUAAUGGCCUCUUUACGAAACGAGUCAACGGAGAAGUUAGAUCUCUUGCAUCCUCAGCGCUUCCGUUGCGAUAUAUACAUAUAGGCUUAUGUAUCUAUAUCUCCUUGAUAUGCUUCACC